UUAACGUCAAAUAGUUGUCAAAAUGGCACGUCAGCAGCAAGAUGUUGAUGAACUUUUCGAUGUUAAAAAUGCGUUUUAUGUUGGAAAUUACCAACAAGCAAUCAACGAAGCCCAAAGCGUAUCUCCAUCAACGCCUCUAAUAGCGCUCCAACGCGAUGCAUUCUUGUAUCGAUCGUACAUCGCUCAGGGUAACUACAGGAUUGUAUUGCAAGAGCUUAAGACCGCGGAUCCUAUGCUUCAGCCCCUAAAGACGUUGGUAGACUACCUGUCUCCAGGCGCUAACAAGCCAGCAAUCGUUGCCGACAUCGAUGCUAGAGUAGCUAAAGGCACAGAGCUCUCAAAUGAUGUCUUCCUGAUUGUUGCCGCUACUAUCUACUACCAUGAGGACAACUAUGAAGCAGCACUCAAGAUUCUCCAUAAUGCCGAGUCCCUGGAGCUCCGUGCAUUCACCCUACAAUGCCUCUUAGCCAUGAACAGACAUGACCUGGCUCGCAAGCAGCUGAAAGCUCUUCAAGACAUUGAAGAUGACAGCACACUGACGCAGCUGGCACAGGCCUGGCUCAAUUUAUCACAGGGAGGACCAGGAGUGCAGGACGCUCACUACAGUAUUAUGGAGCUGUCGGAGCGACUCGGCGCGCUCGGAGCUGGCCCCGCAGCUGUCGGAGCUGCUGCUGCUGCUUCCAGAGGCAUGUGGGAGGAGUCUGAGCAGAUGUUGUCGGAGGCGCAGGCCCGCGCGCCGCAGCAGCCCGACCUGCUGCUGGGGCUGGCCGUCGCCGCCGCGCACAGCGGGAAGCCGCCAGAGGUAUUCAACCGCUACAUAGCUCAGCUGCUCGACAGUCACCCAGACCACCCCUUCACCAAGGAGUACCACGCCAAGACGAACGAGUUCAACCGUCUGGCAGCACAGUACCAGCCUUCCGUACCAAGUUAAAUCUAAUGCUUAUAGUAAUAGAGUUGCUUAUCAUUCUUAUAUCUGUAUUGAAAGAUUAUUAUAAUUAUAUUAUUUGGAGUUUCAUUGUAACUUAAAA